AGGAUAUUUGAUCGUGUCACGACACACAGGGCCGGGAUUUUCACCCCCAUGUCGCUCCACAUGAUGUUUCCUCGUCUUCCCACAUCAUCAUUACCAUAGGCAUGAUCAUGUGUGCUUUACAGAUUGAGCGUUCUCACCUCACACAGGCGACACAUCACAUCUGCAGGUACGACUGUGUGGAGGUUUGGAGAUAGGCCUUAGCACGAGACAGACAACCUGGACAUGGAACAAAGGGAAUUCGGAGACAACUGAAACUACUUGAGUCAGAUCCAUAAAUUAAAGUAAAAAGACAUUUUACAAAAACACGUAAGGCUAGAAGAGAGCUGUAGAGUGAGGAAGAGAGAAGCAAAAGAGGUUUGUGAAGAUGGGUUGUGGUCAGACAACGUUUCUCCUGGACUCUACAGUCAGCCGCCGGUCAAAGCAGGAGUCGCCUCGCUAAAACCCAGAGCUGCUUAAUUCACCUGCUGGAGGAGCCCCCACCCUCGGUGAUGUGAUGAAUAAGUUUGAAGUCCUUGGCAUUGUGGGAGAAGGAGCGUAUGGAGUGGUGCUUAAGUGCAGGCAUAAGGAAACCAAUGAGCUGGUGGCCAUUAAGAAGUUCAAAGACAGCGAAGAAAAUGAGGAGGUCAAGGAGACGACGCUUCGGGAGCUGAAGAUGCUUCGGACACUGAAGCAGGACAACAUCGUUGAGCUGAAAGAAGCCUUCCGCAGGAGAGGGAAACUCUACCUUGUCUUUGAAUAUGUCGAGAGGAACAUGCUGGAGCUAUUAGAGGAACUGCCCAACGGUGCACCGCCUGAUAAAGUCCGCAGCUACAUCUACCAGCUCAUCAAAGCCAUCAACUGGUGUCAUACGAAUGAGAUUGUACACAGAGAUAUCAAGCCGGAGAACCUCCUCAUCAGCUCGGAGGAUGUUCUCAAACUCUGUGACUUUGGAUUUGCUCGUAACCUGUCUGAAGGGACAGAUGCCAAUUACACUGAGUAUGUGGCUACAAGGUGGUACCGCUCGCCUGAGCUGCUGCUGGGGGCUCCCUAUGGAAAGGCCGUGGACAUGUGGUCGGUGGGGUGUAUCCUCGGGGAGCUGAGUGACGGACAGCCCUUGUUUCCAGGGGAAAGUGAGAUAGAUCAGCUCUUCACCAUUCAAAAGGUUUUGGGGACACUUCCUGCAGAGCAGAUGAAACUUUUCUACAACAACCCUCGCUUUCAUGGAAUCAGAUUUCCCUCAGUUACUCAUCCUCAGACUUUGGAGAGAAGGUACCAAGGCAUCUUGAGUGGUUUGAUGUUGGAUCUGAUGAAGAACCUGUUGCUGCUAAACCCGACUGAGCGUUAUCUGACAGAGCAGAGUUUGAACCAUCCGGCCUUCCAGCCUCUGAGGCAGGCAGAGAGAGAGAGGCCUUCUCCGGCGUCUCCCAACCCACCGCGCUCCUCCAAGAGGAAAACACACCAUCAUGGAGAGAACACAGUUCCCACAAGAAGUCACACUAAAAGCACGAGCCGCCGCUCCAACAGCAAAGAAUGUUCCAGCCUCCCUCGCCAUGGCGACCUCCAUCACCUCAGCAACAAGAGUUUCCUCAACGGUAACAAACCAUCCCCAACCAGUUUAAGUCCUACGCUCCACCCCAAGGCCCAGUACAUGUCCCAGACCCUCAAUCGUUGUGUCUCAUCCAACAAAGACCUGGCUAACAACAACUUGCCACACCUCCUCAGUCCCAAAGAAGCCAAAGGCAAGACAGAGUUUGAUUUCAGCUUGGGACCCUCCCCAAAGCUGCAGGACCAGGGACACGGGGCGAAGUACGGCCACAGCAAACCCAGCUCCUCUCGCUCUCAGCAGCAGCAGCAGCAGCAGCAGCAGCAGCAGCAGCAGCAGCAGCAACAGCAGCAGGCCGGCCGCCACACCUUCCUGGAAGGCAAGACCAACACACUGCAGUCUGGAGCAGAGAAGCAACAUGGCCGACAUACCCACAGUAUGGCCGACUCUGCCCAUGGAUCCAUGUCCUCCUCUUCUAAGAGUUCAGCCUCUUAUCUCAGCCUGUCCAAGAGCCACAGCGGGCUGAGUGAUGCAAAAUCUGUAGGGAACCUCAGCGACGGUCGAAUCCAUCAAGAUGACCCAAACUCUAACACGACAGCAGGGGUGGGACCCGGGGCCCGGUUCUUCCCUGCCAGCUGUUUAGACCUCAAUGCCCCUUCAGGUCCCCAGGGGCUGCCUGGCAGCCCCUCAACUCGACACAGUGAUCGUUCCGGGCACAGCCCCGCCUCUCGUAGCAGCGGCAAUGUCCGCAUGGAGAGCAGCACACUGGACUCCUCAUCCAGACACAAAUCCAGACAUAAACCUUUAGCACCAGAGGAGGCCGGUGCUCCGGAGCUCUUAGAUCCGGGAGGAGCAGGGAUGCCCUCCACUCACACUCUGCCUUCCCCACAUGAGUCUUAUCAUUACGGCCUGGGCUACACCUCACCCUUCUCAUCUCAGCAACGGCCUCAACGCCACUCCAUGUACGUGAGGAGGGAGCGCCACCGACCACACGGGAUCGAGGGUGGCAUGGCGGGCUUGCCUCCACCGGGGCAGGCGAUACCGACACGUGCCAGUAGCCUGCAGCUCCUCUCCCCCCAACUGCAGCACCGGACCACCCUCACUGGACACUCAGUGAGCUCUUCGAGAGAGGACUGUACUGAUGACAUGACGAGGAGCGAGCAGUCCCCUAAUGACAUGAGCCACCCUUGUGUCCCCAUCAAAGACUCUACGAGGGACAACACUGCUGCUUUUCAUACACAGCGCUCAAAAAACGAGGUCGCCAUGUAUCAUGACCCUCAUGGCGAGGAUGGAGGUUCCUCCAAGGAGAACCGGAUGAUCUUCACUGAGUCCAUGCCUCGGAGAGUAGGCAGCUUCUACCGAGUCCCUUCCCCCAGACCAGACAACUCCUCCUCUUUCCAUGACGGCGUUGGGCAGGGGCGAGGGCCCGUCAUACCUGUUGUACCCGGAGACCCUGUUGCCAUGGUCAACCACUCCAAACGCCAGACGGCUUUUGACUGGAACGCUGCAGAAGCAAUGGUCAUGAAUCCUCCAGAGCCUGCCAAAGAGAAGGAAAAACAAGGCUUCUUCAGAGCCAUUAAAAAGAAAAAAAAGAAGACACAAAUAAGAUUUUGUGUUGAGAGUUGUGGCUGUGCGUCUUCUGCUCCACAGACGGACAUGGAAGAUGGGAGGAACCCCAGCAUCAAGAAAAGUCUUUUCCCCCUCUUUAGCUCUAAGAAUAGCUUAAAGCACAACUCAGCUGUCAAAGUCCUACCUGUAGUCGCCUCGCCUAUGGUACAACACCAGCCUCCCGCGCCCUACCCUGCCUCACCAGUUCCUGGUAACGGACAAGAACACCUGUCCCUGCAGAGGAGCUCCAAGUCAUCCUCUCACCAUGGAAGCCGGAGGAAAAACCGCGAGCGAUCCCGAGACCGGGAGCGGGAACAGAGCCGGGACCGAGACCGAGAGAGAGAGAGAGAACGGGAGAGAGAGAGAGAAAGGGAAAGAGAGAGGGAAAGAGGGAGGGAGAGAGAGAGAGUGAGUGACUGGCCUCCAGACAAACCAGUGGACUCCCACUCUCAGAGUCAACCACUUAAGUCACUCCGCAGGCUCCUUCACCUCUCCCCUUCUUCCUCAAAUCAAGGACAGCCUCCUCCUCCUCCUCCUCCAGACCUGCGCUUCCAAGCCCCACUCCCCAACCCCCCCCAGCCCUCCUCCAAAGCAGGCUACUCCGAGGGUCGAGGGCACGGGGAAAGCAGGGGGCACCCCGGGGUGAGCAGCUCCGCCCAGGCUAAGAGCCGCAAAGCCAGCUACCCCCUCCCCGGACAGAUUGAGUCCAGCUGGCACGUGUCCGCUUUACAGCGCGCGGAGGGCGCUCAGUUCACCCCCGAACAGCUGGGCAUCAAACCGGGGCAGAACGGACCCACCUUUACCCGAGCCUCCCGCACCAGGAUGCCAAACCUCAAUGACCUGAAGGAGACCGCGCUGUAAACCCCCCCCCCCCCCUACCCUCACACCACACCACCUCCAAUAUGACUCCAUUCCUGGAAGCAUCUGCCAGACGCAGACAUCAUGGUACUGUAGUAGAAGUUUACAUGAAAGCCUAUUUCACUGGAUCGAGUCAUCAUUCAGAAAGGUAGUUAUUUGUUGAUGAUCAUGUCUCUGAUAAAUUGAUAAAGACUAGACAUUGAAAGGCUUAACACGAACACCAGUAAUAGUGUUGUUUAGGGAAUCAAAGACAGAAAAAAGGGCCCACUCAAUCUCGCGAUGCCCGUACUGUAUCAGUUGUAUGUUAGUCUCUCUCUACUUAACAAGGUUGGAACAUUAGAAUAAGCUGAUCUUUCCUGUCAAGGAGACACUGCCCACGAGGCCUCUUUGCUGCCAUCUUCUGCUCACAGGACACUACAGCAAAGCAACACAUGAGACAGCCGCUGUCACACCGGUGGCCAAUAAACUCAAAUGUUUUUCAAGCUCGGAUAUUUGAUAAGAACAACAAAAAAGAAAAAAGAUUUAUAUCAACAUUAUUUAUUAAAUAUUUAUUUGUUUUAAAUUCAAGGAUAUAAGCUAUAAAUGACACAGUAUGUAGGCUAUAUGGGAAUAUUAUAAAGUAAUAUAGAAUUAAAUGUGUAAUUGCAAGAGCUUUAGUUUCGACACAAAGAAAUGCAUAGAUCUUUAUGUGUUAAUACAAUAUGUCAAAAGGAAUAUUUAAUAAUGGUGAAUGUCCUUUUUUGUUCAAUUUGAUAUGUUAUUAACAGAUUUUCACGUUGUGUUAUUUUUACCUUUUUUUCUUUCUUUUUUUCUCUCUUCAAAAUGUAAAGAAAUAUUGAUGAUUACUUGUGGGCCAAAGUGGAUAAAAAAAAAUCUUGGAAAUUACCUACAAAUCUGCACAUCACCCUCAUGACAUCAGUUUUGAAGUUUUGUGACAAGUUGGGCUAUUUGUCAAAAGGGGUUUGGUGGCAGAACAGCCAGAGUGUGACUGUUAGGCUCUGUGUUUUACAUACAGUAAUUGUCAGUUCACUUUAUGUCUCCCUCUUAGUGUCCCCAUUUUUUAAAACAAGCCCCACUUUCAGUCUCUCAGUUCAUUUAUCAGCCACAACAGCUUUCCAGCUCUGUGCUGCCAUGUUGGUUUUGUCUACAGCCUUAACAGCAAGUAACGUACAUCAAGACCGUGGCGGCCAUUGGUGGUGGCUAUCUCAAUUACAACAUCUAAGUGUGCGAGAUAGUAGGAGUGCAUUCUGCAAAAAGGCAUACCUCACCUACAACCUUUAAGAUCUGAAAGGUUAAGUCUGGUGGAACUUAAUAGUUUCUUAAUGUCGACAAAUCCCAUGAAAAGACCAAAACCAACAAUGAAUCAAACCUAAUAACAAGUGUUGUCUGUGUAUCCAAAACCGAAUAUAGCCUAUUGCUCUGUGCCAUAGUUGUCCAAAAACUAUUAAUUAGUGAGCCACUCUGUUGUACUGGGUGACAUGUUUCUUCAUUACUAUGAACAUGGGCUCUGUAGGUUAUUUAGAAUCAAUCACACAUACACCAUCCUGCUGCUGUAAAUGCUUGGGAAGGCAGAAAGUAUUGAGAGACAGACUUGGAGUGCCAACGCAGGGGGCUCCGGCAAAACAACGCAUGAUUGCAGGCAACAACAAAUGGUUUAACAAUUUUGCACCUUGAUGGUAGAUUACUUGUAUUAGAUUACAUGUAGCCUGUAAUGUGAAAGCUGUCUUUCUUCUGUUUGUCUGACAACUGUUAGACGAUAGAUAAAAUAAUUGCCACAGUGAUACAUUCCAGUGUUGUAACAUCCUGUCUCAGAGUAUUAUAAACUGCUGUGCAGUGUUUUGACAUCUAAUAAGCCUUUAAACGCAUUAAUCUCUCACUCAAACUGGACCCUCUGGAUCCUAUUUACAGUAUGUACAAUAUUUGGGGUGGCAGUAGCUCAGUCUGUAGGGAGUUGGGUUGGGAACCGGAGGGUUGCCAGUUCACCUCAUGGGCACUGCCAAUGUGCUCUUGAGCAAGGCACCAUACUCUCCCUGCACUGGCAGCCCACUCUGACAUCUCUCCAUUUGUGCAUGAAUAGGUCCUGAAUAUGUGUGUGUGUGUGUCUUGAUUUCUAACAAACAGAGUGUAAAUUGUAAUUUCCCCACUGGGGAUCAAUAGAAAGUAUUAAAUUCAAUUUAUUAUUUUAAGUCUCACCGCUACCUAAAACAAUACGCCUCUGGUGGUUGUUUUUACGCAGGGCUGUUUUGGGUCCGCUAACACAUUGUUGGUUGUGUUUUUUUAUGGGAUUUGUUGAAAGAUAUGAACACCAUACUUAUCCUUUAAUGUGUGUUUAGAUUUUUCUGUGUGCAUUUUUAAAAGCUUGUGUUAUCAAUGUUUUUGUAAAUGCCUUUUGUAAAUCUGAAUUUUAUUUUCCUGCUGUAUUCGCAUUACAACUUUUAUCAUGAUCAGGGAUGAUUUUACUUAACUAGGUUAUUCAUAAAAUCGUUUACUUUGUCUACUGACCUAUGUAUAAUUAAAAACAAUAUAUAGAACAAAACCCUAUUAGUGGACUAGGCAAAAAAUCUGCAUAGUGUUUCUUCCAGUCUGACCUUCACCCUUCAUUCCUUCUCCUUCCUCUGUGGCUUUAAGGCUUAAAGUAAAGAAGAAAAGCUUUUGUAGAAGGAGGGAACAAAGGAAAGAAGGAUGGAUGCAUUUGUGCACAUCUGUGGACUAAAAAGCAAAUUUUGGAGAAUUCAUGUAUUUUGUUUCUCAUCUGUCGAAAGGUUAAAAAAAAAAAACAACGGAAGCAAAAAGAAAAAGAAUAAACCAAUUGACUACACAGCUGAUUGAAAGCAAUAACAUCCAGAAAUAGACUCAGACUGAUGCAGAUUGUACUAUCCAAAUUAGUGGUUAGUUAAAUUAGAGCCAAAUAUAGCACAGAGAAGGAUUUCCAUUAGGAGACCGUGAUUAAAGCAAGAGAAGUGUCCACAUAUAAUAUGAAGACAUCGCUCUGGAAUACCUUUUUUUUUUUUUUUUCAAUAUGUCCUUGAACAUGGCGAUGUAAAACUGAUAUACAAUAUACAACCCAUGUUGUAUAUUAUUGAAAAUCCUGAUUGCUAACGAUUGUAAAUGACUGCUGACGUGGGUUUGUUUAUAUCAUUAUUGCGACAAACUGAUGAUAAAGCUUGCCUUGCCAGUGCCCUGAAGCCUUAUAUUAGCUCACUGACUCAACACUUCAGAUGGAAAUGGAGGCUUCAACCCCAAGCAAGUCACUUACACUGACAACUGAGAUGAGAAGAAUUUUGGCCACUAAUAUGAAUGUGUUUCCUAAAUCAUCAGUUCUUUUUUUCAUUAAGCAGUUUCCCACUUCUUACAGGGUGUAAAUAGAAAUCAUAGAGUGUAUCUAUACUGACCAUUCUACUUUAAAAAUGAUAGGGUCUCAUAAUAAAAGCCAACUGUACAUUU